AUGAACUCCCCUCCAACUGCUACCCCCUGCACAAGCCCCCCGACGGGCGGGUUCGCUCUGCGUCGGAAACCGACAAACGAGGAAACAAAGACCAGACACCACCGAAACAGAUCUAGCGUCGAUGGCACAAAAUACAAAGAUGGGACCUGGUCAUCGGAAAACGAGAAGAUCUUGAUAGCUCCCUACGAAUAUAUGCACCAGCACCCUGGAAAGGACAUUCGUCGCCAGCUCAUCCAUGCUUUCAACGCGUGGCUCCAGGUGCCACCCGAAAGCUUAGCUGUCAUUACCAACGUGGUCACGUUGCUACAUACAUCUUCCCUUUUAAUCGAUGAUGUGGAAGACAACUCUGUGCUCCGUCGCGGGAUCCCCGUGGCGCAUAACAUCUUCGGCACCGCCCAAACGAUCAACUCCGCGAACUAUGUCUACUUCCUCGCCCUCCAAGAAGUGCAGCAGCUCAAGAACCCAGCCGCGACAGAUAUUUACAUCAAAGAGAUGCUCAAUCUCCACCGCGGCCAAGGAAUGGAUCUGUUUUGGCGUGACACCCUGACCUGCCCGACCGAAGAUGAAUACCUCGAAAUGGUGGGCAACAAGACGGGCGGACUCUUCCGUCUGGCCGUCAAACUCAUGCAGGCCGAAAGCACCACUGGAAAAGACUGCGUGGUUUUAGUCAAUGUCAUGGGCCUCAUAUUUCAGAUCUGCGACGACUACCUGAAUCUCUCGAACACGACAUAUACGCAGAAUAAGGGGCUGUGUGAGGACUUGACGGAAGGAAAAUUCUCGUACCCUAUUAUUCAUAGCAUACGCGCCAAUCCGUCGAAUCAUCAGCUGCUCAAUAUCCUCAAGCAGAAGACGAAAGACGACGAGGUUAAGCGGUAUGCUGUGCAAUAUAUGGAGAGUACGGGGAGCUUUGCGCACACACAGGAUGUUGUGAAGCGUCUGCGCGAUCAGGCGUUCUCACUGAUUGAUGCGAUCGAUGCUUCGCCGAGUGCCAGUGGUUCCACCGAGGGCAAUGGUGCAAUGGUGCGUGCCAUCGUGGAGAAGAUCGUGGAGACGACUCUUACGGACCCUUCGCGCUAG